AUGGAACAAAAACAAUCAUCUGGAUUUAGCAUAGAUGAAAAUAAAGACAAAGAACUUCUUGAUACAACUUUGGAGUUAUCCCCAAGAAUUACUUUGUUUGUAGACUUGUAUGGGAUUCUGCCCUUAGGCAAUGAGAAAACUGCCCUAAUUACUAAUGAAGGUGUUUAUAUUGCAAAUUUAAAAAACCCACAUGUUUUUACAAAUAUCAAUGUUUUAAUGGGCAUACAUGAAAAACCAAUAAAUGCUGCCUAUGUAAAUGGAUUGAUUAAAUUGCUUACUGACCAACGAAAAAUCAUUGUUUCUAUUAAGGAUCAUACCUGGUAUAGUGACUUAGAAAGUAGUAGCAAUGAAAACUGUAUUUCUUCUGCUAACUCUUCUUGUUCCUUUUUUGCCAUGUUACCAAAUAUUUGCUUUGAACUACUUUAUAAAAAUAGAAAAAUUAAGUUGGAAUUUAAACAGAACAAUUUGGAUACACUCGGAAUUUAUAAUUUUCAUUUUUUGGUUGAUAAUUUUAAAUGUGAUGUUCAAUUUGACAAUAAAUUAACAAGUAAUAAUGUAAUAGUUCUAGAUAAUAUUGGUUUGUUCAUCUUUAGCUCAAGUCGUAUCCUCAUAUAUGAUCCUAAGACCAAGGAAUUCAGCAGUAAGUUAAUUAACUUAGAAUUUUCCAAUAAUAACAACAAAUUCCAAAAGCCAAAUAUUCUCAAUACUUUCAUCUUCAAGGAACUUGAGGAAGGUAUUAUUACUUUUGGAGUUUUAGAUGAAAUUGCUAAUUUAUAUACAAUCAAAUUUAAAAUUGCUGGAAAAAAAAUAUUGAAUGCUAGAUAUGAAAGUUCGCCACCAAAUUAUAAUUCUUUCAAUCUCAAGUAUGAUGAAAUUUUUAUUAUAAAUAAAAAAAAACUAUUAAUAGCACUUUAUUCCUAUAGGGACGGGCUUUUCUUUUGCAAUUACAAAACUAAAUCAUUUGAUAAAAUAAUAUUACCAUUCGGAAAGACUUUCAAUAAACUUAGACCUCUAAAUAGCGUUAUUAAUACAAUGAAUACAUAUAAUAAAGAAGAAGCUAUUGAACUAAUAUGUUCUUAUGCUUCGAUCGAUGAUAAUGAUAGUAAUUUUGGUACAAUAAAAAAAAUACAAGUCCCAACCGCAUUAAUAAAACAAAACAGUAUUUCCCUUAACAUGGCAAUGAGUCAUUGUUCAGGCUUUUCCGCUCCCAAAACUUCCUUUAAACAGAAAACUUUCCUAUUGCAACCAAAUUACGGAGGGGGUAAAGACCUUGUAGAGGCUUUUGAAAUGGGUAAAAGUACAAAUAGAUAUUUUUUCUCUAAAGCAUGCUAUGACCAUUUUUCAGAUUCUAUUUAUGGCAUUGAUGAAAAUUUUAAAAUUUACAGCUUCAAUACAGAAUUGUUUUAUACUUUUUUUUGUGACGUUUCCCAAUUUAUUGGAGGAAAUAAAAUUAUUCUGUUAAAAAUUUAUUUCCGUAAAGAUUCACAGGCAUUAAUUUUGUUGGUCGACGAUUCUUUUAAUCUUUACUUGAUAGAAAAAAGUUUGUUACGAGGAACAUUUAUGAUUCCAAGCACUUUCGUUGAUGUUGGAAUACAUUUUUUAGCUUCAACCAAAAAACAUUUUAAACUCUGCGGCGUAAAUAAUACAGGCUUUUAUAAUUACGAUAUAUUAGUCAGUGAUAAACAGGGAAAAGUUUACAGUUUAAUUCAUAAAAAAAGUUUUAUGUUAGAAAAUAAUGUCAAAAUAAAAACAGAGGUUAAUGGGACUUUUUUAUUAGCAACCAAAGGCUCUUCCGAUCCAAUUUGUUUUUUAACAUCCAAUUAUGAUAUUUGUUAUUAUGACUUUAAUCCUCAAAGUCCCAUAACUUCUGAAGAAACUAGUUCGCACUAUCGUGCUGAAUUAAGUGCCAAAAAAUCACUAGUAAUGCAUAUCCCUAAUGAUCCUUCUGCUAUACCUUCUAAAUGGUCUGUGACAACAAUAACGACGUCAUUUAAUGGUAUAUAUCUUCAAGUUUUAAAUAUUGGGUCAAAAAUUUUAGUAGUGCAUAAAUUGUGUAGCAAAGCUUCAGUUAAAGGGUACACCAAUGUAGCAAAUAGAUAUUCUGUCUUGGAGGUUUUUGUAGGUAAUCAAUUAACGGAUAAUUAUACUUUUAAUAAGCAUUUUGAACUUAGAGAUGUAAAACAUUUUGUGAAAAACGGGUUGAAUUAUUUGAUUGUUAGUGGAUUCAGCAAUAAUAUAGAACAUUUUGCAACUGCAGACAAUCUAUAUGUUUUUUACAUUGACUGCUUAUGCGGCAUGAUAUCAAAAACUGCAUCUAUCAAAAAUACACAAGAAAAUUUCAAAAUCAUUAAUUUCAAAUCACGCUUCCUCAUAACUUAUAGUUACGAAUCAAUUAAAGUUUGGAGCGUAUUGUUUGACACAAAUUUUAAAAAUAAGGCACGUUUGUUAGUAAAAGACCAAUUUAAUUGCCCUAAUUUUAAAAUAUUCAAUGAUAUUUGGUACAUGGGGUACGACAUGUUAGCAGAUACUUUUAACUUUCAAUUUUCAGACAAAAAUUUCUUAAAAUGGAACAGAUCUGCUAAAGAACAUGAAAAUAACUAUUGUCUAACUACUACUGGUAUUUCUAAACCCAAUUUUAAAUUUAUAAAUUGCAAUUUAUCUGGUUACAAAUCUUGUUCUUAUAAAGAAACUAUUAUGGAUAUUUACUUAGCUCCAGUUGAUAGUCAUACUUUCCAUGAAGAAUGGAUCAAAUUUUACUCUAAACCAAUGUCUCAGCCCUUAGAUUUGAUCUAUUCCAGAAUCAACGAGGAAAAUCCAAAUUAUUCAGUUAUGUUUAUAUAUAAUAGAUUUUCGAUUUUAAACUUAGAUGUAUUUUCAAAAAAAGUGAGCAGUUUAAAAAAUAUCAGAUAA